AUGAAUGCUAGUGUAAUUUUGUUAGUGAAACCAAAAAAAAAUGAUUGUCUUGAACCCAUUGAAAAUGAUGAUAGUUUCCAAAUUAGUGAAAUUAUUUCUAUUGACCCAAGUGUUUUGAUUGAUCUCACCAAUGUAAUUGACCUAGAAGCUUUAGAUGUAUCUACUUUUAUACCGCAAAAUGAUGUCUUGCACUGUAGUUCUGAACACAAUAUUGAAGAACCUAGUACUUCUACAGGCUUGAAAGAAAAUGUUGAUUCGAAGAAUGUAAAUGUACCUAGAAAACGGGGCAAAGAUAAUGUCACCAGUAGAGAGCGAUGGUUAUGA